AUGGCAAUCUGCGGUAUAGCCGUGAGACUGCCCGGUGGAAUUUCCAACGAUGCUCAGCUCUGGGACUUUCUCCUUGCCAAGCGCGAUGCUAGAUCACAAGUCCCCGGUAGUCGGUACAAUAUUUCGGGAUACCACUCCGAUUCGGGAAAGCACGGGACUUCAAAAUCGAAGUAUGGGUAUUUUCUCGAUGAAUCUGUCGACCUCGGAACCCUCGAUACCUCGUUUUUCAGCUUUACGAAGCUUGAACUGGAGUACAUUGAUCCCUGUCAACGUCAACUGUUGGAAGUUGUCCGAGAGUGUUUUGAAAGCGCCGGAGAGGUCAACUAUCGUGGAAAGGAUAUCGGAUGUUUUGUUGGCUCGUUUGGCGAUGAUUGGACCGAAAACCUUACACAUGAUGAACAAACAUCGGCCAAGUAUCCUCUGAUGGUUGGAGGUGACUUUGCUACUCCAAAUCGAGUCUCAUACGAGUACAACCUUCAUGGGCCAAGUGUGAGCAUUCGAACGGCCUGCUCCUCGUCGCUCGUCGCGCUUCACUCUGCAUGUUUAUCGAUCCAGAAUGGAGACUGCUCAGCUGCCAUUGUUGCUGGUUUCAACCUCAUUCUCACCCCCACAAUGACCAUGAUCAUGUCGUCAAAGGGCGUACUUUCUGCUGAUGGGUCUUCCAAAUCAUUUGAUGCGGACGCGGACGGAUAUGGCCGAGGAGAGGCGGUCAAUGCCGUAUACAUCAAGCCGCUCCAUGACGCCAUACGUGAUGGAAACCCUAUACGUGCCGUUAUUAGGGGUACUGCUACAAAUUCCGACGGAAAGUCGGCAGGUUUUACUGUACCCAGUGCUGAUGCCCAGGAGGACGUCAUUCGGAAAGCCUAUAAAGCUGCUGGUAUAAGUGACCUCUCCCAGACCGCGUUUGUGGAAUGCCAUGGCACAGGAACCACAGUCGGUGACCCUAUAGAGGUUGCGGCAAUUGCGAAUACCUUUGGCGGCGAUAUGUACAUUGGGUCCGUCAAGCCCAAUGUGGGCCAUUCUGAAGGUGCAUCGGGGCUCACCUCUUUGAUCAAGGCAGUGCUGGCUGUUGAGAACCGCACCAUUCCACCUAACAUCAAAUUCAAUACCCCAAACCCCAAGAUUCCGUUUGAGGCUAAGAAAAUCACUGUCCCUGUGGAGGCAACCCCAUGGCCUUGGAACCGCUGUGUAAGAGCCAGUGUGAACAGCUUUGGAAUGGGGGGCGUCAAUGCUCAUGUUAUCAUCGAGUCUGCCGAUAAUUUCACUCCACCAACCUCAGAAGUGAUCGAAGAGCAUGAUUCAACCCCACAAUUACUGUUAUUCUCAGCGAACACGCAGGAUUCCCUCGAAGCAAUGAUUCAACGGAACCUUGCUUAUCUGAGGGAGAAUACUGACUCUCUGCGUGAUCUUGUAUAUACCAUGGGUGCAAGGCGGGAACACCUUUCGUUCCGGGCUGCAUCCAUUGUACACAGCGACAUGUCGGUUACUACAGCCUCGUUUGGAAAAGCUCCCUCAAGUCCACCGGACAUCGUCAUGGUCUUCGCGGGUCAGGGCGCUCAGUGGCCAGGCAUGGGAGUUGAGCUUUUCAAGAGCAAUGCCACCUUUCGAAGGUCAAUUUUGGAAAUGGAUAGUGUCUUGCAGAGUCUGCCCGAUGCCCCUGCCUGGUCGAUCGCAGAUGAAAUCUCAAAGGAACACCAGACAAGCAUGCUUUAUCUAUCCUCUUACUCGCAACCGAUAUGCACUGCACUUCAGGUCGCACUGGUUAAUACUCUUUUCGAGCUCAACAUCAGGCCCUAUGCCGUCAUUGGUCAUUCGUCAGGGGAGCUUGCCGCGGCCUACGCUGCAGGUAGGCUCACUGCUAGCCAGGCUGUGACGCUCGCCUACUACCGCGGCAUUGUGGCAGGAAAAGUAGCACAGGCCGGGUAUUAUCCAUUUUUGAGACCAGGAGUGGUUGUCGCUUGUGAGAACUCUCCAUCCAGUGUCACUAUAUCUGGUGAUAUCGAUCAGGUGCAGUAUGUGAUGCAGGAAAUAUCUUUGGCACACCCAGAGAUCCUGUGCCGGCAAAUCAAGAGUGAUACCGCCUAUCAUUCACAUCAUAUGAAAUCUGUCGGAGAUACAUAUCAUUCAUUCAUCAAUCCCUUUUUCCGCGGUGAGACCGAGGUCAACUGUCAACCCGUCCACUUUUUUUCCACGGUUACUGGCGAUGAACUGAGUGAUGGAGAUCAUGUGGGACCCAAAUACUGGCAACAGAAUCUAGAGUCCCGGGUCUUGUUCCAAGGAGCUUUGGAAAACAUCAUUUCUCGCCAAAGAAGCCGCCAUCUUUUAUUUCUCGACGUUUCGCCUCAUAGCACUCUCGCUGGCCCAAUUCGUCAGACGCUGGAGCAAGCAGAAGUGGCCCAUCCUUAUGUCCCUUGUCUGAUUCGUUUUAAAAACUGUGCUGAAUCUUUCCUUUCUACCAUUGGUCAACUGUAUUCGCACAGGCAACCCCUUGAUUUCAAUAUGCUCACCAACCCGGAUCGAACUGCCAAAGUGCUCACCGAUGUACCGACCUAUCCAUGGCAACAUGGCUACUCCAAUCUGUACACGACACGCCAAAAUAAUGAAUGGCUAUUCCGCAAACAACCGAAACACGAACUUCUGGGAACUCGAGUGGUUGAUAGCACAGAUAAUGAGCCCUGCUGGAGAAAUGUUCUUUAUCUAGAACAUGUCACAUGGCUUCGGGAUCACAAAGUCUCUGGCAAUAUUGUCUUUCCAGCGGCUGGCUAUGUCAUGAUGGCUGGAGAGGCCGUGCGACAGAUCGGCUCAACUGCGUCCGGAUUCAUCGUCCGCCAAAUGGUUCUGGACACCGCAAUGGUCCUGAAUCAGUCAAACCCCACGGAGAUCGUAACCUCCCUUCGGAAGCAUCGACGGGAUCGAUGGUAUAGCUUCACAAUCAGUUCACACAACGGCGUGAAGUGGAUUGAGCACUGUUACGGGGAAGUUGCCCAGGAAAACCUCUCUCGGGAUAUCAACGUCUCCAAUUGGUACAAAACCCUCAGUCGUGGGGGGGUUGAAUUUGGACCUGCCUUUCAAUGCGUCGAAAGCCAAUCCUGCUCAGUCACCAGUAACACUGUGUCCGGAAGGAUCGUAUCUAAGUUGGAUUCCGUUCUCCACAUCGUAUACGGUGCAAUCUACAAAGGGUUCGACUGGCAGGUUGAAUCAUUGCCUGUUCCAACGAGUAUAGGAGAAAUUAUGAUUGGCGAAUGUGUAUCGGACUUAGAUGUCACGAUGUGGGCGGAUGUCUCCAGAAAUAGCAAUAUACUCGUUAACGGGGAGGCCUUUGGGUCUGAUGGCUGUCUUUUGAUACGCAUCAAAGACAUCGUUCUUCGACCCCUUGGGGCAAAUCAGGCUUGUUUUGAAGAAGAUGAAUCCCACGCUGGAGCAAGGCUGCUUUGGAAACCAAGUAUGCAAUUCCUCAAUCUUGCCGAUCUUAUUCAAACGCCGGUAAAUUGGACGAAGCAAACGAUGCUAUUGAAUGAUUUUACUUCUUUGUGCAUUGAACGAGCUCUCUGUCUUCUUCACGCGCAGGGUGACUGGCUCCAAAGACAGCCAAAACCAAGUUCUGAGCAAAGCAUGGAAUCAUUGGUUGAGAAGAUCCUAGCUACUUCGGCAGCACCCUGUGCCCGAGCAAUGAUUAAAGUAUUGGACAACAUUGUCCCGAUCUGCAAAGGUGAAAUCGAUGCUUUAGAAGUCCUCAUGGGUGAUGAUACACUUUACGAACUCUACAACUACCUCAAUGAGCCGCAACAGCGAAUUCUUGAGAUUGGGGCUGGUACAGGAGGAACAACAGCAAAGAUUCUUCCUCGGACGAAGUACUCGACAUAUACAUUCACAGAUAUUUCCGCGGCCUUUUUUCCAGCAGCAAAAGACCGUUUUCAAUGUCAUGCGAACGUAGUCUACCGGACACUUGACAUAACCAAAGACCCCUUGGACCAGGCAAAUGUUUUGCACGCCACACCGAAUCUGUACGAGACGCUCAGCAACCUAUUGUUAGAGGAACUUUGUGGUGACGCUAAGUUCACCAAUUUCAUUGUCGGGGUUCUGCCUGGCUGGUGGGCAGGCGAGUCUGAUGGCAGAGCAGACGAGCCCUACAUCUCUCCCGACCGUUGGGACAGUAUCCUGAAGGCUGCUGCACCGCCACUUCAUAGCCUUGCAUUCAUGCUUGCAAGCCCUUCUUGUGUCCCUGAAUCCCCAUUGAAAAGAAACGUCACGUUGCUGUCUGAUGUGACAUCAUCAGAAAUUGCAGUACGAAUGCAGAAGCAAUUACUUUCUAGAGGGUAUAGUGUCGGUGUUCAGUCACUCGAUCAGUCUUUGAUGGAUGGGGAAGACGUCAUUAUUCUUGUCGAUACAGUAUCUCCUUUCUUCCAUAACCUGGAUAGUAGAAAGCUUUCUACCUUUCAGAACCUCCUACGUGAACUGCAGCGAUCACAUUCCGGGGCCCUUUGGGUGACCCGAUCGAUUCAGAUAGACUGCAGGGAUCCUCGAUACUCACCUACUCUCGGCGUCGCACGCACGGUUCGCUCCGAAUUUGGCCUGGACUUCGGGACAUGUGAGGUCGACACUCUCAAGUACACGAGCAUCGGGCUCGUCAUUGAUGUUUUCGAGGCGUUUCAUGGCCGGCGUCAUGGACAAAAUGCCUACCCUGAAUAUGAAUAUGCCAUUCGGGAAGACACAGCCGAUGCAGGGCAGCAAGUUCAGUUACUGGGAGAUGACGAGGUUGAACUUCAGGUAGACACUGCUGGUGUGAACUUCCUGACUGUUCUUAUCAAUUCUGCCUCCGAUGGAGUAGGCCUUGCUGCUAUCCAAAUCAGUAAAAUGAUUGGAGCGACCAUCUACGCCACUGUCAUUGGCGAGGAUAAAGUGGAAUAUCUUACAGCGUCGCAUGGUAUCCCGCGAGAUCACAUUUUCAAUUCGCGCGAUUCAUCGUUUCUAGAUGGAAUAAUGAGAGUAACUAAUGGCCGUGGAGUUGAUCUGGUUCUAACCUCACUUUCUGCAGACUUCAUUCAGGCUUCCUGUGACUGUGUUGCUAACUUUGGUAAACUGGUCAACCUUUCUAAGCCGACUGCAGCCAACCAAGGACAAUUUCCCAUAGAUUCCUUUCAUCCUAACAUGUCAUACGCUUCCGUCGACAUCAUUGACUACAUUAAGCGUAGACCAAAAGAGAGUAAACGUCUGUUGGAGGAAAUCGUGGAGCUUUAUAAACAGGGACAUAUCCAACCUAUUACCCCUGUGAAGACAUUUACUGCGACGGAUAUCCGACAAUGCUUUGAUUACAUGCAAAGCGGGCAACAUAUUGGCCAGCUGAGGCUCUCCUUGAAAUCACAAGAUACGUUCAUUGAGGCGGUUUGCUCUCCCAAGACCAUGAUCUUCCAAAGUGAUGCGUCUUACCUCCUCGUCGGGGGGCUUGGAGGGUUGGGUGCUGAGAUAGCAAGGUGGAUGGCUGAGCAUGGUGCCAGAAAUCUCAUCUUCUUGUCUCGAAGUGCCGAUGCAGAGUCUAAUAUCAGACUAUUCCGUGAACUGGAAAGUCAAGGCUGUUCCGUGCAAGCAAUCAAGGGAAGCGUCUGCAACGCAUCUGACGUUAAGAGAGCCAUUUCAGCCGCCAGGAUCAAAUUGAAAGGCAUUUUUAAUAUGUCCAUGGUGCUACAGGAUGCAUCGUUGCUCAAAAUGUCAUCUGAUGAAUGGAACGCUGCAACCGGUCCAAAGAUUCAAGGCACUUGGAAUCUGCACGACGCAAGCUUGGACCAGGAUCUUGACUUUUUCCUCCUUUUCAGCUCAAUGGGUGGUAUUCUUGGAAUACCUGGACAGGCCAAUUAUGCCUCUGCGAACACCUUCAUGGAUGCGUUUGUGCAAUUCCGCCAUAGCUCCCAUUUGCCUGCUUCUGUCAUUGACAUUGGUGAAGUCCAAGGUAUUGGACAUGUCGCCAAUAACCCGGAGAUUUUGAAUCGACUCAAAUUGCUCGAAUGUGCCCGCAUGAGCCAAAAGGAUCUGUUCCACGCCAUCACAAUUGCCAUAUCUCAUAGCCUUCCUCCACAAACCCUGGAUUACAGCCGUUACGAAAACCCAGCGCAAUUCAUCACUGGGCUGAGAGACACCACUGGUAUGCUGGACAGCACCGGCGGAAAGUCCAUGUUGCUGGAUAGUCGCCUAGCUGCUUAUGUUGGCAAUUCUGCUGCUGUCACCGCACCCACGGAGACGAAAACUUCGGCGAACAAACUCAACAAUUUCGUGUCUUCAGCUGCCACAGACUCUGCCAUUCUUUCAGAACCCUCGGCGACGCAAUUUGUUAGCUUGGAGAUCGCAAGAUGGGUAUUCGACCUUCUCAUGAAACCGGUGGACGAUGAUUCAGAGAUUGACCUUUCUCGCUCCCUCGUUGAUGUCGGACUUGACAGUCUGGCUGCUGUCGAGAUGCGGUCUUGGUUAAAAUCCUCUCUGGGGUUGGACAUUAGCGUUCUGGAAAUCAUGGCAUCCCCCAGUCUGGCUGCGAUGGGUGAGCAUGUUAUAAGAGAGCUGGUUAGAAAGUUCGGGGGAGACAACAAAAAUUGA